AAUGACAGGUAAUCGGAGAGAAGGAUAGAUAAAGCAACGUGGUUUGCCCUGUCAGCCGAUCCGAUUCGACAUACCUCACAUCGACCUCAUCACGCCAUCACUCACCAACACGCCUUGAAACCUAAUCGCAGGACCUACAUAUACCAUCACACCCAACCCACUUAAGCCACAAAUAUGAACAACAUCACGGGAAAUGCCUCCACUAGCAAUGACACGUCGAUGUCCGGCGUCCAGCAGGGCCAAGGCCAGCGCGAAGACUAUCUCGACAAGGGCCUUGAUGCCGCGGAGAAGAAGUGGGGAGGUUCAGCAGGGCAAAACACCGAAAAGAACCGGGGGGUUAAUGAGAAGAUUACGGAUUCCGCAAGCAGCAUGUUUGAAAAAGCGACCGGCAAGGACGUCCCCGACAAAGUCUCAAACUAAACCCCGCGCACAAACGCUGCCUGAGUUUGGUACAGAUGCUGCCGCCGAUACCAGUACGGGCAAGUGUAGUGGACUCAAGGAGAAGUGGAGCAAGUUAGAUGAGAAGUGGAAUAAGUGCCGGCCGUAUGUCGAACGUAUCAAUGGAACUAUCGUUCCGUUGAGAAGUAGGGACGAAGAGUUUGAAGAGCGGUUCGCGGCUAUAGCAAUAGAGAGGAGUAGGACGGUUUAACGAUUAGUAUGAACGAAUUAAACGAAUAAAGUACG